AUGGCCUCCGUGUUUACGGGCCUGAGCUCGCUCCGGAAGAAGGAAGAGAGGCCGAGGGAGGAGACGGAGGCGUCCAAAGCCCUCAACCAAUACCUGGCCCAGAAGUACGGAGCUGGAAGUAAUGGGGCGGCUGAGAAGCCGCGCAAGAAGAAGAAGAAGAAGGCUGCCCCAUCGGCCAGCGCCGUCCGUGUUGUGGACCUGGAUGUCACGGGUUAUCAUGACCUGACGGGAGAAGGGGCUGCCCCGGGCCCUAUGAGGCCGACCUAUGACAGCGACGAACCGGCGGAGGAGGCCAUCGACGAGGAGGGGCGUGACGUGGCGCACGAGAUGGCGCUGAAGCGGGAGGCGGAGGCGCGGCGUUUCGCGGCCAUGGGCGAGGAUGCCAGCGGGCGCGGCGCGCAGACCGUGUACCGCGACGCCACGGGGACACGGGUGACGCGGGAGGAGUUCGUGGAGGGACAGCAGAAGGCGCGGAGGAAGGCGGAGUACGAGGAGGAGGGCAGCCUGGCCUGGGGCGGCGGCCUGAAGCAGCGGCAGGAGGCGGAGGAGCGGGCGCAGGCGAUGCGCGAGGAGGCCUCCAAGCCCUUUGCCAGGUCCCGCGACGACGCCGAGCUGGACGGCGCGGCGCGCGCCGCGUUGCGCUACCCCACUGCCUACCCCGAUGGAGCCGUGGAGCUCAGGCUCAAGGACGCCCAGGGCCUAGAGCCGCACCACCUCCAGGCCCUCACCAAGACGCUGCUCUCCCUGGCUCGCGAGCGUGCCUCUGAGGGGGCCAUCGCGGGGUUCGACCUCAUCCAGGCGGCGCAGGAGAUGCUGCAGGGCCUGAGCAAAUCCGGGGUGGGCACCGGGGAAGGGCUGGACUCUGAGUCCGGGCGGGGCCCCUCGCCAGGCCCUGCGCCACCCGUGCAGGAGCCGGGCUUGGCCGCGGCCUCGGAGCCGGCAGCGUCCUCCCCGCAGCACCCCUUCGAGCUGUUCGACUGGGCGGACGGCGACCUCUUCUCCACCUCGCUCUUCGACGGGCUCUGGGAGGGAGCGGCCGCAGCCCAGGCGAGCAGGGCCUCGGAGCCGUCCUCCUCCUCGGCCACGGAACGCUCGCGCGGUGGCAGCAUGCUGGCGGCGAUGCGGUCCGGCAUCUCGGCCCUGGGCAGGGCCAUGCUCCCCCGCCAGCUGCGCCACCUCAUCGACGAGGCGGGCGGUCCGCUGCCGUCGCAGCAGCUAGCGACGGAGAAGCAGGACCAGCGGCCACCGGCGCCGUCGUCCAGCCGUGCAGGCUCGCCCUCACAGCCCCAACACCACCGAAUGGCGAGCAGGGCCUCGGAGCCGUCCUCCUCCUCGGCCACGGAACGCUCGCGCGGUGGCAGCAUGCUGGCGGCGAUGCGGUCCGGCAUCUCGGCCCUGGGCAGGGCCAUGCUCCCCCGCCAGCUGCGCCACCUCAUCGACGGGGCCGAGGGCGCGGCCUCCGAUGCCUCCAGCGAGGAGAGCGGGGAGGAGGGCGGCGCGGACUCAGCCGAUGGCGAGCGCGAGCGGCGCCAGCUGGCGCGGGACCUGCUGAUCGGGCACCUGCUGACGCGGCCUGCUGCUGACAUCAUCGCCCCCGACCCUGCCCUCCGUGCUGGGCAUGCUGCAGUCCCAGGGCCUGCUCCCGCGCUGGGUGGGCUGGCUGCUGACCCAGCGCCCCGACCUCUGCGCACGCUGGGCCGCGGCGCGUUUGGCGUGGUGGUGGCGGCCACCAACCGCAUGGACGGGCGUGUGUACGCCAUCAAGCGCAUCGCGCUGGACGCGCAGGCCCCCGCCGCGCACGCGCGCAUCAUGCGCGAGGGGUCGCGCGAGGGCGGCGCGCGCACCGCCUCCACCAGCCUGCCCUCCAGCCUCGGCGGCAGCGCGCCCGGCGCGGUCUACGGCCCGCAUGGGGACCGUGGCAGUGUGGCAGACGCCGGCGCCCGGACCAGGGAGUGGUGGGAGGCCAGCACGGCGUCCGAGGGCACGGAGCUCGCGCCGGGGUCGCCCGGGUCCUCCUGGGCGGGGCCUGUGGCGGCGGGCGGCGUGCCCCAGACCCUCUACAUCCAGAUGGAGUACUGCACCAGGACGCUGCGGGAUGUGCUGGAUGCGGGGCCACUGGAGGACGCCGAUCGCUGGCUGGUGCUGCGCCAGAUUCUGGCGGGGCUGGCCCACAUCCACGACCAGGGCAUCAUCCACCGCGACCUCAAGCCCGCCAACAUCUUCUACGACGCCAAGGGCGAGAUCAAGCUGGGCGACUUUGGGCUGGCCAAGCUGGCGGGCUCCGACCUGGGGGCUGAGCCGCUGGAAGGGCCGCCUGGCGCCGCGGCCGGGCCGGCGCCCGGCAGCCUGGGCAAGAUGGAGGCGGCAGAGCACACAACCCAGGUCGGCACCUCCUACUACAUCAGCCCGGAGAUCGCAGACGGGUGGGCGAGCUACGACGAGCGCGUGGACUCCUACUCGGUGGGCGUGAUCGCCUUUGAGCUGUGGCACCGCUUCAGCACGGGCAUGGAGCGCGCGGUGCUCCUGCGCGACCUGCGCGAGCGCGACGUCAUGCCCGCCGACUUCGAGGCCUCCCAGCCCGCGGUGUGCCGCCUGAUCCGCUGGAUGCUGGCGCGCAGCCCUGCGGACCGCCCCACCGCCCGCCAGGUCCUGGCCUCUGAGCUGUUGCCGCCCAGCGUGGGCGACGAGGAGCUGGCGGACCUGCUGCGCUCGCUGCCGGAUAACCCCGCCGCACACCAGCGAAUGAACGCGUGGGCGGAGGUGACCUCCACCCUGGCGGCCACCUUUGCGCUGUCCGGCGCAGUGUGCCAGACCAGCAGCGAGCUGGGGCCCGCCCCGGCACCCGACGCCCCUGAGGCCCCCGGCGGGGUCCGCCUGCUGACAUCCUCCGGCCUGGCGGCCAUGGUGAGUGUCGCGCUGGCCGCGCUGCCCUGUCCGGGGGCCUUCGAGCUUAGGGUCGGGCACCGCGGCCUCCUCGCCCUCGCGCUGAAGCACGUCGGCGCACCGCCGGAGCUGCACGCGCGCGCGGUGCAGCUGCUGUCCACCGCCGCGGCGGCCUCGCCGCUGCACACUGCGGCGCGCGCGGCGCGCUGGCCGGCCAUCCGCGCGGGUCUGGAGGGCCUGGGCCUGGCACCUGACGCGGCGGCGCGCUGCCGCCAGCUGCUCCUCCUGGGCUCAGGCGAGCCGGAGCCGGCCCUGCACUGGCUGCGCGCGACGCUGGGCCAUCUGGCGCCCCCGGGCGCUCCGGGGACGAACAUUGGCGCGCCGGCCCCGCUGGACGAUCUGGCCGCCCUGCUCACCGCGCUGGCCGACUGCGGCGUGCCCGGCGGCUGCGUGGUGGUGGACCCCCUUAUUCCCCCCCACGCUGACUACUUCACGGGGCCCCUCCUCCAGUGGCACCUGGUGGCGCCAGGCACGGGUGCGGCGGCCAUGGUGGGCGUGGCGGGGCGCUACGACCGCCUGCUGCGCGCAGCCUGGGCGCGGCGCGCCGCGGACCCCGAUGUGGCCCACCCCCCGCCGCAGCUAGGCGGCGUGGGCGCCACGCUCAACGCACUGGUGGCCAGCCGCGGCGGCGGCGGCAUGCUGCGCGAGCGCCUGGAGCUGCUGCGCGCGCUGCGCGAGGCGGGGGUGGCCGCCGAGACGCUGCGCGCCGCAGCGCCCUCGCUCACCGCGCAGUACGAGUACGCGGCGGCGCGCGGCAUCCCCACCCUGCUCGUGCUGCACGGCAGCAGCUACGGCGCGGACAACGCGGUGCACGUGCGCUGCCGGCUGUGCCGUGCGGAGGAGAGCGUGCCGGCGGGGGAGGUGCCGCGCUACCUGCGCGCCCACGCGCGGGCCAGCCACGGCCAGGGCGGUGGCAGGCCGGGGGAGGCGGCGGCCGAGGACGGGCCCGCGGGGUGGAGGGAGCGCGAGAGGCGGCGGCGGGAACGCGCGCGCGUGGCCUGA